GAGACGUUAGACUGAGAGGAAAACGAAGCCAAGCAGAGCCCUGCUAAAGUGGGACAUCUCAAGCUGGGACCCUUGGAACUCAAGGAAGACAACACUUUUCUCUUGGACCUAUGCUCAGCAUUCUUCCCUUCUUGUCUGCUUGAACAGAGAUACUACAAUGUGGAAACUCUUAAUUAUAGGAUUCUGUAUUUUGCAAGUAAGCUGUCAGGAAAGUCUAACAUCCAAACCAGUUGAAAAAGGUGGUGGCACAUCUAAGCAAGAUCAUAAUGAUAAUAAAUGUAAAACAAAUUCAAAUGAUGGAAAAUCUGGGAACAACAACUCACAAUCCUCUCAGUGCAAAUGCGGUGGAGCAAACGCAGAAAAAGGAUUGUCUGCAUGUUUGACUGGCAGUGGAGUUUUAUCUAGUUUGGCGCUGACCGUGGCACUCAUCACAGCCAUGCCUGCUCUUCUGUGUGUCAUAAAAGGGAAUUUCUGUGCUAUAGGUCUUAGUAUUUUCUUCAUAAAUGCUGUAGUUCCACCAGUCUUCAUGUUUAUUUCAUUUCUUCUCUUAGGGAUUUGUUGUGGAGAUGCAAUUCAAAGUUCUUGUAUAAUAUUUGGCAUUGUGCAUUUGGUGCAAAUACCUCAUCUGGGCUUGCUGGAAUUUCUAUUUAGGAAUACAUUUACUGCCCAUCGUUUGGGGCACUACUUUGGAGCAACAGUUUUGCCAGUCGUGAAUGCUGUCACUCUGAUUGUGGCAUUAAUCUUUAAAUACGGGAAACACUGUGUGCCGUGGGAUGAUCUAUAUCCCAUUAUCAUAACUGCUGACUCCAUAUACUUCCUGCUUUUCAUUGUAUCGAUAAUUCAUGGCUUGUUUAAGGAGUACCCCAAGUGUAUAAAAUCACUGACACUGCUAUAUGGAACUUCAAGAUAACCUGGCUAUGGACAACAUCUCCUGCCACCAGUGCUGAAGAUAAAAGCUUCCUGCUUCUCUAAGAUGAAAACAGAUCAUGAAGACUACACCAUGACAUUAUAAUGUUCUAUGAACUUCAUUCGCUUACUUUUACCUCAGAGAGUAAAGUUCAAAUGUCCUACUUAUACUAACCAAACCCAUUCCCUUGGAGCUGUUCUGCCUCUACUACAAGGAUGAAUUGAGGACUACUAAUAUUGCAAAUGAAGUUUUCCUCCACUUCAUCAUUUAAUUAUCUAGCAAGGACACUAAUAGAAUAUUAAAUAUCAACAAGAGAGCAUCAACAGAUGAAUUUAAGUCUUUAUAUAGCACUUUAGAGUGGAUUACUAUUGAAGUAGUGUUAGUUGGAAGACUGGUAAUAGCAAUCAACAGUUUCUUUGAAAGCACCUUUCUAUCAGGUGAUUUGCCAAAAGCCCAUUCUUAUAUAAUGGAAUUUAUGCAAAAUAUUUAUAUAUAUUGCUGAUAUUACCUACCAUAUCAUUCAAAUAUGUUUGUAAGAUUAGGUUUAGUAUGAAAUACUGUAUAGUGUAGGACAAAGUGGGCAUUGCCAACUCUGCUAGGCUUUAGUUGCACACUAGGACUGUUAAGAAAGCAAAUUUAUAAUAUACAGUCGAUAAGAACCUGGACACAAAUAGAAGAACAUACACAGGAAUGGACCGCAAUAGAAGUAA